CCGGCUGUUUGCUAGAAAAAAACAAAAAAAGGAUCCUCCGGAGCAUUUCGGAUCGGUGUACCGUUUUAUUCCUUCCUGCCGCGCGCUAUACAGUGAAUUCCUUAAAACAAACCGCUAAAAUGGCUGCUAAGUACCGUAUUGUGAUGGUGCGCCACGGUGAAUCCGAGUGGAAUCAGAAGAACCUGUUCUGCGGAUGGUUCGAUGCGAACCUGAGCGAUAAGGGCAAGGAAGAAGCACUGGCCGCAGGCAAGGCGGUGAAGGAAGCAGGCCUGAAGUUCGACAUCGCGCACACGUCGCUGCUGACCCGGGCCCAAGUUACGCUGGAUUCGAUCCUGAAGGAAUCGGGCCAGGCCGGUAUUCCAAUCCAGAAGACUUGGCGCCUGAAUGAGCGGCACUACGGUGGUCUAACCGGGUUGAACAAAUCGGAGACGGCCGCCAAGUACGGAGAGGAACAGGUGUUGAUCUGGCGCCGUAGCUUCGAUGUGCCGCCACCGAACAUGGAACCGGAUCAUGCCUACUACGAUGCCAUCGUCAAGGAUGAGCGCUACAAGGAUGACCCGAAACCGAACGAGUUCCCGAUGGCCGAAUCCCUGAAACUGACGAUUGCGCGCACGCUACCGUACUGGAACGAUGUGGUCAUUCCCCAGCUGAAGGAGGGCAAGAACAUCAUCAUCGCCGCUCACGGCAACAGCCUCCGUGGCAUCGUGAAGCAUUUGGAUCAAAUGACCGACGAAGCCAUUAUGGGACUCAAUCUGCCCACCGGCAUCCCGUUCGUCUACGAGCUGGAUGAAAACCUGAAGCCGGUCGUGUCGAUGAAGUUCUUGGGCGACGAAGAAACCGUACGGAAAGCGAUCGAAUCCGUCGCCAACCAGGGCAAGGCAAAGUAAGCGGCCAUCGGUGACUGUUAACCGCGAUGUACAUUUCGUUAUCUCACAAGCUAUGCUAUGAGCCCCCGGCGGGGAAGCGUGGCCGGAGACGCUAGCGCUACAACCACCAUUCUCUUCGUACAUCUACAUCAUCAGCUGGUUUCGAAUUCUCUUUGUGUUUCGUUGUUUUGUGCUUCGUCCACGUAAACCGUGUUGUUAAACUGUGGUCCGUCGGUCAGUCGGUACCUGCCAAUCCGUUAUUUAUUUAUAGCAUAGCUAUCUUGUGUACUUCGGUGACACAAUCGAAGCACAUAGAAAUGUAAGAUCGUUCGAUCGUGGUUCCACUUAUCCCCAAACUGUUAUCUCAUAAUAAAAGGCGUUGAGAUAACUCAAACUAUGGAAUCAAAUAAAUAUCAUUCUGUGGUUUAUUAGUGGAAAAUAACGAAAAUGGUCCCA